AUGGCAGGGCCUUGCCAUUCAGUGGAGUUCGAAAAGGCAAUCAAUGUCACGCCGAUCGACUCACACACAUACUCGGCUUAUCUGGACCCUAAGUGGUGCAUCUUGAGCGGCAAGUUCAAUCUCCCAAGGCAAAUGGAUGCCACGGUGUACUUUCGAAAAACGAAGAGUAAUCGGUUCAAAACCACACCAGAACCCAUCGGAAUGCAGUUGUCGUUCCUCCGACGAACAGUCGUGGGGCCCGCGAUCUUGAGAGUACAGGAUAUCAAGAUAGGCGCACGGAUAAGUACGAUCCAUGUCACACUGUCUCAGCGACCGGACAGGCCUGGCACAGCAGCGGGUGACAAGGAUGACCUCGAAGUGAAGGUCGUCGGAUAUAUCACCGUCAGCCCCCCGGACAUGGAGGAGGGCCCGAUCUGCAAAGGCACCUGGGGGCUCUCCCCACCUCCGGUAUCCGGCUCUCUAGCAAAUGGCUCGGUCAAUCUAGCAGCGUUGGCAGCAAAUGGAACGGAUGGCGCGUGGAUGCGGUUGCCUCGUCCACCUCCUGUCUUGACCGCACCGCAGCAUCUAGAGAUCUACGCUCCACGCCCCCAAGGACCGAUGACGCUCGAAAGUCGGCAGAAGCAAGUUGUCGACCAGUGGGCGAGGUUCAUUCCUGGCGGGAAAACAGUAGCGCGCUGGUCUAACGAAGCGGUUAUGUUCUUGGCUGAUAUGUUUCCCGCGGCACUUGACCGCAUGGGUGCAAUGGAAACAAGCCGGCUUCUUGCCACGGAGGGGGUUCAGGGGAGCCAGCUUAAAGGAAACGCUGAGGAUAAGGGGACAUUUUGGUAUCCCACUGUGACAUUAAACAUUGAUCUGAAGACCAGGAUUCCUCCUGAAGGCGUGGAAUGGCUACAUUCGCGCGUAGUUACCAGGAUGCUUCGUGGUAGCCGCGCGGACUUGGAUGUAGUCAUUCUCGAUCCACAAGGCGAGCUGAUAGCUCAUAGCACGCAAGUGGCACUUGUGGUGAAUGCCUCUCGGAACACAAAAGGAAGGGCUAAUUCUGAGAAGUUAUAG